AUACUCAGGUUUCUAGAUAAAGAUUGCCAUAGAAAUCUAAUGAUUAAUGUCUAAAUUCUAAAUCAAUUAAAUAUUCUUAAAAUUUUAGAAGGAAACAUUAACUUCGUGCAAAUGAGUAAUGAAGGAAAAAACUCCUUGAGUUUCAACUUAAUAAAUACAUUCUUGGAUUCUGCAUUGAAUGAAACGAAUGAAAACAUGAACGCCCAAAUUCCAUUAAAGAAAUGGUGGAUGCAAGAUACUGAAAUGCUCUCUAAAUAUUUGGAUAUGAAAUCUUGUAACAUAGCUGAGUAUACGGAUUAUUUGGCGGAUUAUCCUGAGGUAAAACAACUAAUUGCGGAUUAUGUCCAGACUCUUCUUGUUGUAAAACCUGUCAACGUCAUAGAUUUCACAAUACAACACUUCAAAGCAUUUGCUCGAAAAUCGAAAUCCUGGGAUACGAUCGAUAUAUUAGCAAAACAAUUUGAUUGACAAAAAUCAGCAUCGAGAGAUUAAUUUAAUCUUGUUUGUAAUGCAUUUACGAAUCUAUGUAAAAUGCAAAAUUUAUAAGUUGUAUAAUAAAUUAUUAUUUGGAUAACAUAAAUAAAAUUCCUAAACAGAUACACCAACCCA